AACGGGGCCAAUCACGAAUGAGCACCUUCCUUCGUUACGGAACCACGCUGGACCAGUGGGUGGAUUUUUCAAAAAGAAUUGUCAGUGCGUCCUGUUCCACGAAAGGUAAACUGUGUACCUAGUACUCUUCUUGCCAACUGUUUAGUUCAUUAAUAAAGUAAGGGAAUUUAUCAUUUCAAUGCCUUCGUUGUAAUAAUAAUAUGCCAUUUAGCAGACGCUUUUAUCCAAAGCGACUUACAGUCAUGCGUGCAUACAUUUUUAUUGUGUAUGGGUGGUCCCGGGGAUCGAACCCACUACCUUGGCGUAAUAAGCGCCGUGCUCUACCAGCUGAGCUACAGAGGACCAUAUUGUCACGUCUACUAGCUAACAGGCUAGCUAUUAUGUUGCCUAUAAUAUAACUUCAACUUCCGCUUUGUAGCUAGCUUAAGUGUUCACUAGAAAGGAUACAGCUUUUGUAAGAUUUGCCUUUUCGUAGCAGGUUAGGAUAAUUGUUAAGGUUAUGAACAUGUUUGGGGUUAUGGUUAGCUAAAAUGCAAAACAGUUUAAACUUUUGACGUUAAUUUGACACUGUAUCCCUUCUAGCCAUGACCGCUAACUAACACAAGGGCAAAAUUACAUUUUGUGUUUUCCCGUACAUUGCACUGCAUUAGUUCGCAAAAUGCUGACAUUUGAAUUGAUUUUUGACAUUUGAAUGGAUUUUCUUAAUGUAUGGCUAGGUCGUGGUAUGCGUAGUUAGCAUAUGCUGCGUGCGGUCGCUGGUUUGAUAACCACCAGCAAGCCAAGGUUACAUAACUAGCAAGCUAACAUCAAAAUGAAUGGGACAUUCCAUGGAAAACAUCUUGCUAUCCAUCUUACUGCAGUGAUAUAUUCUCAACUGAAACUGCCCAUUAGGUCAACUGAGUUACCAGAACUUUGUAGGCUUAGCUAACCAUCUGCUCCUAUGCUCACACAGGUUAGAACUGCCUGGUGAGUCCUGGAACAGAGCCAUGGCUUUAAAAGUGAUCCAGAGGCUUCAACUGCUCAGGCAGACAGGGGCACACCUCUGUCCUCCAGGCGAGCUGAGUCGCACCAGACUCCUGAGUGUUCCGGUAGGGGAGCCCCUGUGUGUGGCGUGUCUAUGGACCUCAGCUGACCGCUGUAUCCAGAGGCAGGGCUGUCGGAAACUCAGUCAGCCAGACUGUGGUAGGAUGACUUUGUCCACCAUUGCCAACGACCCUUUCUACACCACUGGGUCAGUCAGCCUCCACAAAGACUCAGUCCCCAGGUUCCGUCUGAGUCAGCUGCACCGGCCCACUGAUGCAGAGGAGAAGGCCUUCCAUGACCGCCUGGUUAGCUGCUCUUCCUCCAGACAGGUGCUGAGACUCCUCCGCACAGUGGAGAUCAUGUCUGACACCAUGGCAGCGGAAGCCCUGCACCGCGUGGCUGACAUGGAGCAGGACGGCACUUCCCUGAAGGACCCCAAAGUGCUGGAGAAGGACACUCUCAGGGCCCUGUGCUGCCAGCUGGAGCAGGACUCUGGGCGUCUGACGGAGGCCGGGCUGGUUUCUGCUCUGCUGGCCUGCACACGCCUCUACUUAGACCCCUGGAGCAUGCUGGUGGUGCGGCUGGUGUCGGAGAGCCAGGAGCGGCUGGACAGGGGCCAGAUGAGCAUGGACCAGCUGUGCACCCUGGGCCAGGCCCUGCUGGCCCUGGAGGGCCCGGGCUGUGGGAUGUUGGAGCAGCUGAUGGAGGAGGUACAGAGGCAGGAGCUGGGUCAGUGGAGCCUGGUAGAACUCACUGCAGUAUACGGACUGCUGCAGGCUGGAGUAGGGGAGGGCGGCCGCUACCAGGACCUCCUAAACGCUAUGCACGCCUACGCUGUGUCAGUCACCUCUCGUAUGGACCCCCCUGCUGUCAGCAGGGUGCUUAGUGCCUUGGUGGUCCUGAACCAGACCCAGGCCAUGCCACUGGUCAUCAGCCUGUGUAAGCAGGCGGUCAGGCACGUACCCCACUUCAGAGAUGAGGAGCUGGGGCUAGUGCUCGGGGCGCUCAUGCACUUUGGCCACAGCGACCACUUCUUGGUGGAGGCCAUGGAGAGACACGUGCCCAAGAUGGCGUUCACGUCCCAUCCAGAGACAGUCACCAAAGUGAUGCAGUACUUUGGGCGUCGGAACAUCCUGUCGCAGCCGGUGUUUGACGCGGUGGCGGAGAGCUUUGUGUACCGGGCAGACGAAUACAGCACCAGCCAAGUGGCCAGGCAGAUCAUGCCGUUCGGGAAGCUGGGCUACCUGCCGCCCAAUGCCGGGGAGGUGUUCCGGAAGGUGGAGGCCAUCCUGCAUGCACGCUUCUCUCACUUCCAGCCCCGGACACUCCUCAACCUACUGCACUCCUGCAUCCUGGUAGAGCGGUUUCCUGUCAACUUUGUGUCUAAGGUCUUCAACCGCUACUUCCUCCAGCAACUACAAGGUAAUGCAUCCUUAAUAAUUAGCUCACGCUUAUUUUACUACUCUCCAUACUUAUAUCGGCACAGUUUCUUUGGUUAAUCAAUUGCACAGUCUUUGAUUAAUCAGUUGUACAUUUAUGUGUGUCCCAGAGCAAGGCUCAGGGGUUGACCGGAUUGUUCUGGCACAACUGACCCAACUCUACAUGACUGUGAAGCUUGAAUGCCCUUUUUAUGAGGUAGGCUAACGAGUUAUUACAAAUCAAUGUUCAGUCUAUGAUAGCAUUGCAACUUCAACUACAGUGUUGCCAUCCUAGCACACUAUCCUCUGAUUCACCCUUAACACCCUGUUUUAACCCCAGGGUCCAAGGCUCCUUCCUAAGUACCGUGUCAAGUCUUUUCUAACUCCUGGUCGCUCUCUGGAGACUCUAGUGGACGGACACCUUUACAACUAUGUGAAAAUUGGACUGGUGGAUCUACUAGGGGCCCGCGCCUACUUCGCUUCCAGAGUCCUCACUCCAUACUGCUACACACUAGGUAAUGUACAGCACAUUGUAAGAUGCAACACAGGUAAAAUUUAAUUCAAUGCUUCAGACAAUGUUAUGGUUAUACCUAUACUGAAAAUGAAAGGUGCAAAGAAAUCAGGCCUCUGUUUCUUGUCGUUUCAGAUGUGGAAAUAAAGCUUGAUGAGGAAGGAUAUGUAUUGCCUGCCAGUCAAAUCGAUGAUAUCUACAAGAGGUAUAUAAACAAUAGACAUUUAAGCCAUGAAAUUAAUAAACAUAGGUGAUAAAAUUGUUGUACAAUAGCUAUUUAAUUCAUGCCCAUACGAUCUGUUACUUUUGUUGUGUACUUGCAGGAUAGCAGUUUGCAUUGACGGCGACAAGAGGUUCACUGUGAACACAAGACAGCUGCUAGGGAAAGAGGCCAUCAAGCAGCGGCACCUGAGGCUUCUGGGAUAUGAAGUUGUUCAGGUCAGAAAUUCACUCUGCAACCUUUUGAGUGUUCUGUUCUCCCUUUGUUGCAAGUGUUCAUCUGCUGUAUAUUUUGAGUGUUCUAUUUCUAUGGUUCUGUCUGCUGUAAAUUCUGAUUUCAGCCCCUUUGCUAGUGUUCUGUCUCUAGGCAUCUACUCUGUCAGGAGCAUAUCUGUAUUCAGUUGGAUCUUCUGUUUUUGCUCUCAGUGCUCCAUCUGUUACUAAUAGAAGUUUUUUUGUUUUUGCAGAUUCCUUACUAUGAAUUUGAAAAGCUUUGGAACAAGACUGAGGUUGUUGAAUACCUUCACAAGAAGAUCUUCCCCCUCAGUUAUAGGCUCAGUUGGUGAUGACUGGCUCAAACAAGGCCUUUGUUGCUGUCAUAAAACUAUACAGUUUGGGUACUGUUUUUGUGAUUUUAAUCGUCUAAACCAGGGCUCUCCAACCCUGUUCCUGGAGAGCUACCUUCCUGUAGGUUUUCACUCCAACCCCAGUUGUAACUUCACUGGUUCAGUUUAUCAACCAGUUAAUUAUUAGAAUCCGGUGCGCUAGAUUAGGGUUGGAGUGUAAACCUACAGGACGGUAGCUCUGGUCUAAAUGUUACAUUGUCCAACAUUUGCACCCAAAGAGAAAGCAUAUCGUUCAACUACAUGAAUACUUUCAGAAAUGUAUUUAUUGCUUUUGAGUGAUUGUAAUUCUAUGCACUACUAGUGUUCUAUUGUACAAUUAAAUUACUUAUUUAGUCCUGUCUCCCUCCUUUGUUUAAAAAAAUUUAACUACAAAUAUGCCUGAUUUUAUAACUAAUCCACCAUUGGCAUCAUUUGAAAUAUUUAUAUUUAUUGGUAGUUGGCAACACAGUGCUGCAGUAGAAGUUAGAACAACCAAGAAUCACCUUGGAGAAAAAAAAACAUUUGUUCAUACGAUCAAGAAUGAAUAUAGCUAGUGCAUCACUAUUGAUUUCCAUAUCCGAUAUCAAUGAUGAUCUUAAAUAGAUAAUCUAAGGCGGGUUGAGUCUUUUGUCCACCACCAUUUAAUAAUGCAUGUCAGUCGGAUAUAUGUUGUAAAAAGGCUAUGAUACAUAAAAAAAAACAGUUGGGAGUGUUGCCAUUGGUUUCUGCCUGCUGUCUAUCCAUUAUGUGGCAGGGAUCUGUGGCAGGCCAAAUUCAUCCACCAGAACUCCACCCUGAAAAACAUAGGCAAAAUAAAUUACAAUUUAUUAUGAAACACCACAUCUAAAUGAGUGCAUAAAUGUGUCUUCAAUGUAAUGUCCUAUAAAACAAACAACCCUACGAACAAGGCAACUGUCAGCUGUGUUUGCCAGUGAUCCACGACCAAACAUGGUAAACGUAAAUACAGUGGUUAGAGAGAGACAGAUGUGUACCCGGUUUGUUGCCCUGUCGCUGGGUAU